AUUCAAACACUGCCUCUUGCAACCCAUUACAGGUCUGCUCUGUAUAUCUAAUGAAAGUGACACAGCUCAAAUCCUGGAAGCUAAAAAAAAAUAAUCCGGUAUGUACACGUUUAGAAGCAUAUUCAGUAAGAUUGGUGGUGUGAAACUGGCACGGAGCGUGGAGGGGUUCACUACAUAUUAGACAUAGAAUGGAGUCUGAAGAAAGCUACCUGGCAGCAUUAAGAGAAACAGCCAGUGCCCUGGUGGAAGCUGCUAUGAGAAAUGCCCAGGAAACCCUGAGAAAUGAACAAAAUCCCUCAAGUAAAGGACCAGAUCCGGAUUUUCCAUUCCAAAACUUUCCGUGGGUCCCCUGCAAAGAUUUUUCUGUGGAGCUGGGAAUGAAGCAGAUUGAAGAAUAUAUUUCUACGUGGGAACUUCAUGAAAGCUGGCUACACUGCACCGACUUCCUGAAAGAUGAGGAGAUUGAGUUCAGCAAACUGUUCCAUUAUAGAACACGAUGGAGUAUCCCGACUCGACGGAAACCCAUCCCCAGGGCAACCGCAUGUAUCUACUUUACGAUCCAGAUUUCCAAAAUCAAACCCAAUACUUUUCCAGUGGAGGUAUUUUUUAUAUUUGAAUCAACUAGACUUGUACACAGGCCUGGACAGACAAGAGUUCGAGAAAAAUGGCUAAAGGACAUUAUUGAAAGCAAGAUUAUUAUGAUGGACAGUAUCACAUUCUAAUUGUAUUCUCAAUCAUAAAGUAAAGAACAAUGUGCAAACAAAUUACGCAGAAAUAUAUAGCAUUUAUUUUAGACAAUUUACAGAAAUACGGGGCUUUUCAAAAGAUUCAAGCGAGUCUAAUAGCAGACAUUAGGAGGCGCUCUCCAGAGACGUGCGCUCUGGAAUAAUGCACACACACCUCCUCCAGGGAGCCUCUACAAACUCCAGUCAUAUUGAUGGUAUGCUGCCUGUGAAUGGAAGGAUACACUACUUAAUGAAGAAAGCAGGAUUGCUGAGAAGUGGAGACAUUCCUUGCAUAUAUAAUGGUUUUCCUAUUACACUCAAACCCUGUAUGUAUGUAUUCAUGAAUAUCAAGGUCCAGAAUACCAAUACUAGCUUACUGAUCUGAACGCUAUCUAGAACCCCUACCCAAUAUGAACAGUAUUUCAGUUUUGCUUCAUAGAAUGUCAGUGGUUUUGGAUGUCACUGCAAAUUCGGGUGUCUAUUUAAGUGGAUGGUGUGGGUGUUUAUUUUUUACAGCUGCAAAAUGCACAUACCAUGGGAGGACUACGUAUGGCUUGCCGCUCAGCAUAUUUCUCACCAACUAAAAAUAUAUGAUCUGGAAGAACACUUUAAAGCGUCUCAAUUCCACCCCAAUUGAUCAGACCCAGGGGUACAUUUAAUCAUUCGAUUAGUUCAACUAUCACCAAAUAUUUAAGUACCAGUAAAGUCAUCUUAAUGAAUUGGUCUGGAUGCAGUAAUCUACUCACUUUAACUCUGCGAUGUAAAACACUGCAGUUUUCUAGAAACUGCAAUAUUUCCACAUUGCAGGGCUCAAUAUACCUCUAGUGACCAUCUUCCUGGGAUGAACCACACAAACCUAG